UGUAUUCUGGUCAGUGGACCGGAUAUAUUUUUCAGUAACUUAACCUUCUACAGGUGUCUAAAACACGUGUAUUUAACUAGAAUACUUGCUGGUUCAGCGCUGAUCAAUUUUUCAAAAAGAUUAAUUGAUUAUCUCGACCAGAGGUAUAUUUAAAACAUGGCAACUUUAAAGGCUGACAAUCCCGAAAAACCCAGACUAGAACAGUUUGUAAUACAUCGUAUUAGGAUCACCCUUACUUCUCCUAAUGUUCGAUCCUUAGAGAAAGUUUGCGCCGAGUUGCUCGGUAGUGCUAAAAGGCAAAAAUUGAAAGUAAAAGGACCCGUACGUAUUCCAACUAAAAUCUUACGCAUUACAACUCGCAAAACACCAUGUGGAGAAGGUUCCAAAACGUGGGAUCAUUUCCAAAUGCGCAUCCACAAAAGAAUUAUUGAUCUAUAUUCACAAUCUGAGAUUGUCAAGAAAAUUACCAGCAUAAAUAUUGAAACUGGGGUUGAAGUGGAAGUCACUAUUGUUAAUGAAUGCUAAUUUUUAUUAAAUAAGUUAUUUAUUUAUAUAAAACUUAUGUUUCAAUAAAAAAAAAUUAACAGAAAUAUUGAUCCUUUUAAUUACAUUAUCUUUUACUACACAUUGAUCUAUUAGCUAAAAUGACUGAAUCCUAAAAUUCAGUACAGAA